AUGACCCGCUCGCAAGCUUCCUACCCGUGGAAAUAUCGCAACACAUUUUUUCUCUUUGCAAGCCCGAAGGACGAGAAGACGAUUUUCACACUAGCUAGUGUGUGCAGAGGAUGGCAAACCCUCGCUUGGUCGACGACCGCCUUAUGGACCCUCAUUUGCAUCGACCUCGACUACGUCCGCGAUGCCUCUCUCUACGAGGACAUCCUGCAUCGCUGGCUCCAACGUGCGGGUCGCCAGCCACUCGACAUUUAUCUCAAUAUUCAAUACUGCGCCGAUUAUGAUUGGGAAAAGGAACGUUUAUGCAGCAGCGUCGUCAACAUCAUCAACCAACAUAUGCAUCGGUGUGCGGGACUAACUCUAACGAUACCCCUCCGCCUGCUUAACCUAUUCAAGCACGAUGCCGACGACAUAGGCCAUGAAUUGCCCCUGCACAGACUCUCUAUUAAACCUGCGUUUCGCGAGGAAUCUUCCGCGGGAUCUGUGUCUCAUUUCGACAUGAAUCAGGCCAUUAUGCCGGCACCUGGAACGGUAUCGCUCAUGGAUUGUCCCUUCCAGAACAUCCACAUCGACUGGCGAAACGUCACUCGGGUGAACAUUGACAGUUUUCGCGUUUGGGAAUGCCUUCGGUUGCUCGAGUCGGCCCCUCAGCUCCACGAAUGCACCUUCAAAAACCUUCAUGAAGUCGACAAUAUUAAUGGCCUUCCCUAUCCCAAGGAACCCAUCAUCCAUAAUCGUCUCGGGAAGAUGGAAAUCGACCGGUUGGUGUACCGCUAUUCCUCUUACGGCGAGCGUUUCGACGCUCUGACGCCUUUCCUGCUCCGUUCGGCAUGCCCUAUCAAGUUCCUUUCCAUCCUCGAAACCGAAGAUGAAGAUGACGACCCUGUCGGUCUAUUCGACGUCCUGUGGAGUGUCCCUACCCUCGAGGCACUCGAGUUGCAUUCAAUUCAUCUUGAGGAUGACUUCUUCCAACUCCUCGGACUUGAAGGGAUCCCUCAAGCUGCCCACGUUGUCCGGGGCAAUGAACAAUGGGACUUCUUGCCUCGCCUCCAGUCGGUCCACUUCUCCGUUUUCUCCCAGCGGCUCACUUUCUCAUGGCCCGUUUUAUAUCACUCCUUAUCAACGCGAAUUGCCUGCCGACGCACCGAGGAUGACUGCCCCAUCCUUCGGCAAUUCAACAUGGACCUAUCUGUGGAGAAGAACCGGGAAGGGCAUUACAUCGACCAAGCUGGGGUCGAUGCUUUCCAAAGGAUAAUUAACGAAGACUUCACCUGGAGGAAGGGGGAGAAAGUGCAAAUCUAUGAGCAAAUUAAUUCAUUUUCUACCACACCCCUCGUCCGAUCCUUCCUCGUCACCUCAAUUUUCCCGCGCCAGCGUAUCCGCGGGGCCAAGGGCGCCAGGAGCCGCAAGGCCUUAUAA